GAAAAACACUAAUAAAAUAUUUCGCAGCUGCCUGCAACAGCAAAAAGCUUGGGAGAAAAAUGAUUAUGGAGUUCUUAUUCACGAUUUUGGCUGCUUUGAUUUCAAUCGUUGCUUUAGGUUUAGUUUCUGUAAUCGUUUUUGAAGCUUAUAGAAGAAGUCUUAAUAAUGCUCAUGUUGACGCGCCCGCCAUCUUUGAGGAUCCGAAAUCACUGAAACAGGUUCCAUGUCCUGAUAUAUUCGAUCCAGCAAAGAAAUACUUGUCUUUGAUAAUUCCCGCUUUCAAUGAAGAGCAUAGACUUCCUGGUGCCCUCAAUGAAACCAUGAAUUACCUUAAAAAACGGGAAGCAAAGGAUAAAUCAUUUUCUUAUGAGGUAUUGAUUGUUGAUGAUGGAAGUAGGGAUGGAACGAAGAGAGUAGCUUUUGACUUUGUAAAGAAGUAUGGUGUAGACAAAGUAAGGGCUAUCCUUCUUGGUAAAAACCAUGGAAAAGGAGAGGCAAUAAGAAAAGGAAUGCUACAUUCACGUGGUGAAUUACUUCUAAUGCUGGAUGCUGAUGGAGCCACCAAGGUUACUGACCUAGAAAAGCUUGAAAAUCAGAUCCAUGCAGUUGCCAGAAAAGAACAUCGUGGGGAUUCAGCUGCUUGUGACACGACCUUUAAAAUAUCUGAUAUCCCAAUAGUGGCAUUUGGUUCUCGUGCGCAUCUUGAAGAGAAGGCUAUUGCUACAAGGAAGUGGUACCGCAACUUUUUGAUGAAGGGUUUUCAUCUUGUGGUUCUCUUGACUGCUGGUCCUGGAAUUCGUGAUACGCAGUGCGGUUUUAAGAUGUUUACUAGGUCUGCAGCAAGGAAGCUUUUCACGAACAUCCGUUUGAAAAGAUGGUGUUUUGAUGUUGAAUUAGUUUUCCUCUGCAAAUGGUUUCGUAUUCCAGUGCUGGAGGUAUCCGUAAACUGGUCCGAAAUUCCUGGAUCCAAGGUAAACCUAUUGAGCAUACCAAACAUGCUUUGGGAACUUGCCCUCAUGUCUGUCGGAUACAGAACUCAAAUGUGGAAAAUUAACUCCUGAGGUUGGGAUUUUCCCGAAUCCAUCAAGCAAACAAUGAAUGAAGAGAAGCAAUUAGCCGAUUCGAUAACAUUAGGUUGAAAGCAUUCUUUUAGGAAAAAAGGAAUUUACAGUCAGCUGAUUGCAGCUUAUCCUAGCUUUUUUCAUUAUACAAUAUCACAGCCAGAACAUGCAGUUUUUUUCAGUUGUAAUAGUGAGGUAACACUUUAAUGUUUUCUUACAUUUUUAGUGUUCCAACUUCUUGAAUUCCAAAACGAUACUAUCUUUUUGUUUCUGUUUUCAUAUAUCCUUUCAAACUAGCUCCAUCAAUAGGAUGGACAGGCAUGAUUUUGAAUUUCAUCAAUUCGGAUUUUGAAAUUUUUUGAUUA